CAUUUCAGAGUUUGCCCAUUACAUAUCUCUUCUAUUUCCAUUCAAUAGUAACAAUGUCAGAGAUACCAUUUGAUAUUAUGUGUCACAUACUAAAGCUCUUACCUGUUAAAUCUCUUCUUCGUUUCAGAUGCUUAUCAAAAACUUAUUGUUCUUUAAUUGACAGCCGCAAUUUCAUAAACCUCCAUCUCUUUCAAUCAAACUAUACAAACACCAAUCAAAGUCUCAUCACUUUUCGAACAAGUUUCCAAGAGGUUGAUAAAACGUAUAUGAUGGAUUUAGAUACUCCGGGCCAUCACCUAGUCGAAUGCGAUUACCCUUUCUCGAAGAGCUCUCUCAUUCCUGAUGAUUUUUGGGAUCACUUGAAAAAUUCUGUUAUAUUUGGUUCUUGCAAUGGCUUAAUCGCGUUGUAUCAUCCGCAAGAAGGAAUGUUACUCUGGAAUCCAUCCACCAAAAAGCACCAAAACGUACCUACUUUUUGGGGAUCCAGUGACAAAAUUCGUAGUUCUGAUUAUCUUCUUGAUGGAUUCGGCUAUGAUUCUGUCAGCGGCGAUUACAAGGUCAUCAGGAUUCGGACAAGGGACAGUGAGAGGCGAAAACGAUCCAGGGUUAUGAUUUAUAGUGUAAAACAUAACUGUUCAAGAAGGAUCGAGGAAUUCCCUUAUAACUUUAGCCGUUCUGUGAGUAAUAGAACGUGCGGGAUUCUCAUAGGUUCUUGUUUGCACUGGGUUGUUUCUGAUCCUGAUGAUUCUGAUGACCGGCUGAUCGUUGGUUUCAAUCUGGAAGACGAAAGAUACCGAGUUGUACCAAUUCCUGACAGUUUAAAGAAUUGCGGUAAUCGGCAUAUGGAACUAGGGGAAGUAGAAGGAUGCCUUAGUAUGAGUACGGACGAUGACGAUGGUGGCUUGUUCAUUGAGAUUUGGGUGAUGAAAGAAUACGGAAUGAAGGAAUCAUGGAGUAGAAUAUUUUCUGUACACAAACCGAAGCUAGAUUUGCAAGAUUAUCUACCAUCACGUGUUAAGCCAAUAGGGUAUUCAAAAACUUGUAACAGAGUCUUUAUGGACGUCCAUGGGUGUCGGUUCUGGGCGUAUGAUCUACAAGAGGAGGGAACAUCUCCGGUAGAUCAUCAAUCGGAAAAUCUCAGGUACUCAUGGAAUCGACUACCAUUUGGGCCCGACAACCAUCUCCGGAGGAUUGAGAUAUUAGGAGCAGGUGAUUUCUACGGCUGGGAUUAUUCAUUUAUCUAUGUAAAAAGUCUUGUUCCGGUCAAUUUUCGUGCUAAUUAAGAGCAAUGUUCAUUUUAAUUUGUUAAUGAAAAUAUUUUAUUUUGUUAUUA